AAGGACGACCGCUCUCGUUUCUGGGCGGCAUACAAAAGAGUCGCCGUGGAACACGACGAGGAGUUCCUUGAGCGAUACUACAAUGACAUGGACAUCGUGUUGAUCUUUUCUGGUCUGUUCUCUGCCGUCAGCACAGCUUUUAUUGUGGCCAUGGAGUCGAAUCUCAGUCCAGACCCCGACGAUACCACGCAUGCCCUUCUCGCCCAACUCGUCCAAAUCGGACUCGGCAACUUCACUGCAGCGGGGUCUACGCCAGUAUCGCCAGCAUCUACCUGGUCGCCGUCCACAGCCAACAUAAGGAUACAAUGCAUCGCGUACGCGAGCUUGUCCUUCAGUUUACUCGCUGCUUUCGAGGCCGUGCUAGGCAAACAGUGG